UGUUUAGAUCAAUGCAGUGCUUAGGAAAAUAAUUCCUAGAGUAUUAAUGAGAAAAAAGAUCUCCUAAUCCCCCCCUAAAUGGGAUCCUUCACCAUUGAUAUAUAUAUAUAUACCUCUUGAUACGUUUUGAUCUUGAGGAAGGCAAACAAAAAAUUAAUUAAGAAUGGAAUCCAAAUCCAUUGAUAAAAAUGAAUAUGAAAUUAGCAAAAGUAAUAUUGGUGAUAAGUUUAGAAAAUCUUUGCAUUUGGAACAUCCUUCUGUUGAAUGGAGGUAUGGGAAACCUCCCACUUAUGAAUCUGCUAACCAGCUCUUUGAACAAGGCAGAACCAAGGAAUGGCCAGAAGGAUCUUUGGAAGAAACUGUGCAAAAUGCUAUUAAAUCAUGGCAAAUGGAGAUCAACAAUAAGGCUAGAUUGCAGGAUUUCAACACCAUCGAUCCUCACAAAUUUAAGCUCUUUGUCAAUGGAAGAGAGGGAUUGUCAGGAGAAGAAGUAUUAAGGAUUGGAAGCUUCAAUUCAGUGUUGAAGAGUGCUUUACCAAAAGAAUUUCAAUUUUACAAAGCAGAAGAAGAAACACAUGAAUCAGCUCAUAAUGAUUUCAAGACAUGUUUUCCAAGAGGUUUUGCAUGGGAAGUUAUUGAAGUUUAUUCACCUCCUCCUUUGAUUGCUCUCAAGUUUAGGCAUUGGGGUUUCUUUGAAGGACCUUACAAAUCCUAUUCCCCAACUGGUGAAUUGGUUCAAUUCUAUGGCAUGGCAACUCUCAAGGUAGAUUCAUUAAUGAAGGCUGAAGAAGUUCAUAUCUACUACGAUCCAACAGAGCUAUUUGGAAGUAUUUUAAAGGGUAAAAAAAAUAUUAUGGAUUCUGAAUUAUCCAAAAUAAGUGAUUCUUCAUCUGCUUCUGCUUGCCCACUCUUCGAUACUAAGAAGUAGUUCCAAUAAACAAAAAUAAUGUAAUUAUUGGACUUAAAUAUGUUAUGCGAAAUUGUGUAAGGUGUGUACUUUUCAAUAAAUCUCUUUCCAUAUACACGAGUGGAGGGGACCUGAACUUUUAUUUUCUAUUAAAUAAAUGUGUAUGACUUCUAGCCA